AGUGUACUAUUGUAUUCAGAUCCUUCCACCCAUGUUCACGUCAAGAUCAAACGAUACCGUUUAUUUACAUAACGAUUAAGCGAUAGAAAAAUGUCAUUUGUAUAUCCUUCGCGAUAAAUAUUUGGUUUUAAUGCGCAAAAAGAAUCAACGCAAAUUGUCCAAUAAGGAAAGCUAGAGACGUAACUCGGUGACAGUUCAGACGCCGGGGCGUCGCCUCAAUCGGCGGUCAGCUAGGAUGACAUGGCCACCAGCCCAAGACCAAAGGUUUCAUUAAUGAAUCUGCGCCUCUUUUGUUUCGGAUCUCUUUUGUUUUUAACUGUGUGAGCAAUAUUAGCGUAGGCUACAUGUACAGAAAUACGAAACUGCCAGGGUAUACAGAUACAUAGCAUAACCAAUAUAAGGAAUUACUUUAUUAUCCUACCCUGAAGUCCAUUUUUUAUUAUUAAACUGUUAAUUGUAUAAUCAUAGGCUAAAUUUUUACUAGACCCGUGUAUGUGACGCCUUGUAUUUAUAUUGUGAGACUGAGAAGUGAUUUGGCUUUUUGGUUUAUUUCUUAUUUUUUGUUUUUGUUUUUGCAAUAAGGAGCUCUCCGGAGUACUGAAAACCAUUUCUGGAAGUAAUAUUGUCGCGGUAGCAUUUGCUCGGUUUAGCUAGUCCACCUCCAAAUGGAUUUUUAAACGAUCAUCAGGUUCUCUUGAGAUAAUAAGCUUCUGCAGUUAGGUUUUUCUUUUUUUACGCAUCGCUGUCAGAAGCCGCAAACGAAAGCGUGAGAAAGAGAGAAGCAGGGGGAGAAAAAGAGGGGGAGGGUGCGCGCAACGCCGGCUCCUGCGCUCUUAAGGGCUGGAUCUCGACAGCCACAAAAGCGGAGCGAACAGAGCGACGCGAUGGAGCCCGAUUCCCGGUAUCAAAGUGAGACACUCGGCGCAGAAAGCGCUUGUGGCUCCCCUGCCAUGGACACGGACGCUGAGGAAGGGUACUACAGUUCACCGGCAGCUCUUCCCUACGAUGAAAACUUAAUGCACAAGACGAUCCUGGUGGGAGACAGCGGGGUGGGAAAGACGUCACUCCUAGUGCAGUUUGACCAGGGCAAGUUCAUCCCCGGAUCCUUCUCUGCAACGGUUGGCAUAGGUUUCACAAACAAAGUGGUUACGGUGGAUAAUUUGAAGGUAAAAUUGCAGAUAUGGGACACGGCAGGACAGGAGAGGUUCCGCAGCGUUACCCACGCCUACUACAGAGAUGCCCAAGCUCUGCUUCUUUUGUAUGAUAUCACCAGCAAGUCUUCCUUUGACAACAUUAGGGCUUGGCUAACAGAAAUUCAUGAAUACGCACAGAAGGAUGUGGUCAUCAUGUUGCUGGGCAACAAGUCUGAUAUGGUCCACGAAAGGGUCAUCAAGCAGGAGGAAGGACAAAAGCUGGCCAGGGAAUAUGGAGUUCCCUUUAUGGAGACAAGUGCCAAGACUGGAAUCAAUGUGGAACUGGCAUUCCUAGCAGUGGCCAAGGAGCUGAAGCAGAGGGUGAGCCAGCAGCCCAACGAGCCCAAGUUCCAGAUUCACGACUACAUUGAAUCUCAGAAGCAGAAGUCGGGAUGCUGCGGCUUCAUGUAGAGCCGCUCCGGGACGGGCUCGCUGGAGUGGGCCCGCGGGGCACUGGAGGACCGCCGGGAAAGGCCUGUGCCACCAUAAGGAUGGACGUUCAGAUCGGGUUGGGGGGCAGCUUUGCCGGUGCGGCUCAAGCAGGGGAGGGGGUGUCACCUGCUCGCUCCCUAGUCUGCUCUGACGCAUUAUGGAUGUGAGAGAUUGCAGUGCAUGAUCCCCUGCCUGCCUGACACCCCCGUAAUGCAGACAUGGGGAGCAUGCUGUACUGCUACCCGGUUCACUAAGAAUUUGUCUGAAUAAAUCUUGGGCUUAAUUUGCCAAGUAAGAUGGAUGUGGUCACCAGCCAGAAAGUAUUAUUAAUAGGUUUUGUAAUUUGUUGUAUUUGGAGGAAAAAGUUUGUCGUCUUUUUCUUCAAGAAUGCACUCUUACCUGAAUUUGAUAAACACCCACCUCUCUUGAGUUGCCACACAUUAGAGAUUUAUACAAAACCAGUGACCCAUAACGUGUUCUUAUUUUCACCAUACGUGUUUGUCAGUUAAAACUCUACUGCUGAUUUUCGUAAUGCACACAGUUCUUUUGGCUGAACUUGUGAGAUGGAGAUUAAAUGAAAGUGGCUUGUCUUUGUUGAUAACGGUUUUCUUUUGUUUUACAGUUGUAGAUUCGUAUUGUAGUUGUUUGUGGUGAGAAGCUACAUUCAUGUUGCGCUGAUUUUAACGCAUUCUGUGCGUAACAAUGGAAAUUAUGGAGUCACAUCCAGUGUGCCAGUAUGACAGGACCUGGUACGCUGAUGGUGCCAAAGACAUUAUGAUCAGAAACAUAAGUAAAAAUAUUAAGUUUUAUGUCUGGCUAAUAUUUGCUCCACCUCUAAAGUACCUGUAAAAUUCUAGUUUGAAACAUGCGUAUUUCAGUUAGAACAUUUUUUCCCCUCAAGAUUUUAUUUUCUUCGUAACAUAGCAUUCCAAACCCAUUAUUAUAAAUCAGUUGCAUGUUUAAAAUUUACGUCAUAUACCAUACAUUUAUGUAUAUGAUUGAAACUGAUUCACCUUUGAAAUUAUGUUCCGUUAAACCUUUUGACAGUGUUAGUGUAGGUGUGCCCUUGUUUUCAUUUUAAUUAUGUAUUAAUCCUGUUCCUGCAAUAGUUCAUCCCUGUUCAGUUCACUGGAGCCCAGGUUUCCAAUUACAUAUGAUGAUGACAAGAAAUGUUUACAAAGCUCUAUGAGAAACAGAUUUAUAUUUUGUUAACGUCUGUUUUUCAUUGAGACUGAUAUAAGUAUCUGCCUUGUUAUGUACUCUUUUACCUGUGAGUUUAUGCUGGUGGUUCUCAGGUAUUUGAAUGUCAUUGACCUAUAGAGAGUGACCUGUAUGUACCUCCCACUGCUCCCAAUGCACUACUGCACAGUGGGAACCUUUAAGCGGUGGCAUGAACACCAAGUAAUUUUCAUGUAUUUUGUGCUAUUAAAAUAUUGGCCAUUACUA